AUGCAAUUCACUGAAGUACCACCGUGUACAUACACAGGACUAACGUCGCCCUACAGAGCUUCUAGCGGAUACCAAGUGCCUCCCUUCGCCUGCUGCACCUUGUGCAAGACAGCGCCGGUACUCGGACGACCGCGUCUCGCGAUGGUUAGCGACGGCUAUGCAAGGAGACAGCGGGAAACAAAUAUCCCGUUUGGGACGCACCUCACGUGCAAGAUAGCGCCCGUAUCCUGCUGUCGCGCCUGGGCGAUGCUCGCAAGCCUGGAGGAACCGUAGAUGAGGAAGAAACCCGUUGACGAUCGUGUACGACAGCACCCUCCUUCCACCCACAACCUCAUGGGGCCGCUUCGAUCGUCCACAACCUCCGUAUUGCCAAUAGCAAACGAUCGGCGAUACACGGUCACAACGAUCUGCCUCCGCUGCUGCGGCGUUUCCCCGAUCGCCUCCGUACUGACGCCACCACACAGGCGGGCGAGGUUCCACACGCAUAUCCCAUGCGCCCGAUGUACUUCGCGCAGUCGCAGCGCAUGGGGACGUGGCAGGCAUGCCCACAGAUUGACGCCCACGCAAGAGUCCACGCUGAAGCUGAAGCCUACAUCAUCCUCGCGUCACAACGCCGUCAGUACACGUCCCAGCACCACCCUAUCGACGAGCUGGAGGGAGUCUUCACAUGUACGCCGUCGCUUUCCCAUGUUCGCGUGUCCCAGGUCCGACCCAAGGGACAACGCGACAGAGGAGCGGCGUGCGCCUGCACGCUCCGCAAUCCUUCUAUGUGUUGUUUAUGACGGAACGAGCGUAUCUACAUGCAUAGCACGCCAUCAUCCCACAGAGGACCGCAUCGAGUGCGACUGCACACGGCGGACGCACUGCGAGAGGAAGGCGCGCAGGCUCGUCCCGAACCGCUCUCCCGGGCAACAACGCUCGCUACGCUCGGAAAGUCGUCGAAGGGCGGAGAUGCCGACGUCGCGAGAGUGUCAGGGGCGACAUCUCCUUGCGUGUGCUUGCUCGAUAAAUAUCAUGUUAGAUUCUGUGUGAAACGGACGUGUAUGUAGACGUACCUCUUCAAUGCUAGCAUCUUGUUGGAACGUGGCUGGUUACAUGGGUGGGCGACGCAAGGCUGAUGCUCUGGAGCUAUACGUCAUCUGAGGGUGGGAA